CAAACUCCAUGCCAAAACACACAGGUCCUUGGAUGCAUACACAGUUCAUUGCACACUACCAGUACUAGCAACAAGCAAUCACCAGCUGCACCAGGAGUUCUUGAUCUCUCAUUUGCAUAGCUAGCAUUGAGGAGGGGACGGAAGCGGGGAAGUAGCUGCAUUUUCUUGCAUUGGCCGUGGAUUGGGGAUCGAAGAUGAAGAAGGCGACCAGGUACAUGAAGCAGCUCUUCGCCGCCGUCGUGGCGGCGGUGAAGUCCACGGCGGUGGGCACCAGGGCCAGCUCCCUGCGGACGCGGCUCAUCGUGCUCGGCAUCAUGCGCAACAAGAAGCUACUGCUGAGCGCCAUCCAGAGCAAGAUCCACGCCAUCAUGGGCGGCAGCGGCCAGGGCGGCCACAGCAAUGCGGUGGCCACCCACGGCGGCGGCGAGGGCGGUACGACGACUGAGGGCGCAGUACGUGGAGGCGCCGGCGGGCGCCUGCUCCUCGGAGGCGGCAGGAAGGCCGCCGUGCUGCAGAGCCUGCCGAGCUUCGUGGUGGAGCAGGAGAGCAGGGCCGUCGUGCUCAGCAGCCUGCCGAGCUUCGCGCUCGAGCGGGACGGCGGCGCGGGCCUGGCCCGCUCGCCGCUGGCCGGCGGGGAGGAGGUAGUGGAAUACAACGACGGCAGCUGCGAGAAGCAGGCGAUCGCAGCCGCCGCCGCCGCGGGGUCGGCGGUGGAGGGGGAGUUCCGGCUGGAGGACGAGAUCGACCGCGUGGCGGACGUGUUCAUCCGGCGGUUCCACGACCAGAUGAAGCUGCAGAAGCUCGAGUCCUUCAAGAGGUUCUGCGAGAUGCUCGAGAGGGGCGCCUGAUCAUCCAUCCAUGUCCAUGCACAUGAUGGCCCCUGCUACUGAUGACUACUCCUACUGAUCAACUAAUCGACCGCAUGCUUGCGUGGUAACGGUCGAUCCAACCUAAUUAACUAAGGAAGAGAUUGGGGGUGUAUCUAUUACCUAGAAUAAGUGACAAGAAAAUCGAGCUCGUUUCUUGGAGUAAAAUUGGAGGGUGUCAUGGGCUGGAGAGAGAUGUACUCAUGUUCUUGUUUUUUUAAUGGAGAUUUGAGCUUUCUCCUUCGGAAUUAGAGCUCUCGAUCCUGAC